UGAGUGACAAUAAUAAGACACCCGAAAAAAAUACAGAAGCCUAUCAAAUGGACGAGAUGACCAAAAAGGAAGAGGAGGCCAAUGAGGACACACCGUUAAAACCGACAGACAAUGAUGUAGAAGCCGGUGCAGGUGCUGGUGAUGCCGAUGGACAGACAGAUAUUGGCGAUAUUAAGGACAACGAAAAGUCAGUUAUGGCCGGAGGCGGCGGCGGCGAUGAAAAGUUAGCCACUGAUGGUGGAGGAGUAGGUGGUGGUGGAAAACAGUCGACAUCGGCACUGUUAGAUCAGCGUAAAGUUAAAUUGAUUUUGGCCAUACUCGGUGCCGUACUACUGGUCCUACUACUACUCAUUGUGGCCAUACUUGUUAUCAUCUAUAGGGAUGGGUGGGAAGAGGACAAAACCUACCGAUUCAUACGUAUGAUACCCAAACCUAACCGUCCUCAAAAUCUCCUGUACUUCCGUCACGGCCAGAUACCGUACGAGGGCCGCGUAUGGCCCGAUCUGGUCGACCAGUUGGACCAAUUUGUGCACAACUAUAACCCAGAUAUUAAUAUGCGUACGAAAAAUGUUACCGACUGUUACGGUACGGACAGGUCUAUCGGCUCGGGCGCCGGCGCCGCCAAUACAGUCACCGACGGCCACCACCACCAGAGGACGACGGCCUGUUUUUUUGAUUUGAAAACCAUUGCCAAGGAGUGCAGUCGCGGCGACUUUGGCUACUCGAUGGGUACGCCCUGUGUGUUCAUACAGUUCAACAACAUAAGCAAUUGGCUACCGGAGCUCUAUACCGAUGAAGACUAUCUACUGGAUGAACAAUUGCCGGCAACUUUGCGUACACUUAGACCACGGAUGGUGUUUCUCGAGUGCAAAGGCAACUCUGUAGUGGACAACGAAAACAUGGGCCCAAUUGAGUACACGCCUACCCAGGGUUUCGCUACCCAUUAUUUCCCGUACACYGGCCAUCCACACUAUAUGCCACCGUUUGUGGCCUUACGAUUCAAAGCGCCGGCCACAUCGGUAGCCAUCGGUAUUACCUGCAGAUUGUAUGCCAAAAAUCUCGGCCACAACCUAACCGAUUCCGAUGACUCGGUCGUCGACAGUGGCGGCGGCGGCGGCGGCAUCACUGACCGCGGCGGCGGCCAACCGGUGCCAUCUCUACCGUUCAAUUUGUUUAUCGAAUAAACGCAUCAGUGAUGGACAAUGUGUUGGACACAC